CAUGCAUACCAACAAUUCCUCUCUCUCUCUAUCCGUCUCUUCCUCUAACUCUAUCUAUGAUGAGAUCACUCGUCUCUCUUCUUCUUCAUCCUCAUCUCAUCUCUCUUUACCGUCUUCCAUCAAUAUGUCCUUCUCCGAUUCAGAAUCCUCCUCUCAUCCCCGCGACGGCGGUGAUCAUAAGUUCUUUCGCCAGAUCAGCCGCGACCGGUUGCUACACGAGAUGCUUGGAUCUACCAAAACAGGGGAUUCAAAAGCUUGGAAGAUACUUAUCAUGGACAGAGUUACGGUUAAAGUUAUGUCAAAGUCCUGUAAAAUGGCUGAUAUCACCGAUCAAGGCAUUUCCUUGGUAGAAGAACUUUUCAAGAGAAGGGAACCAAUGCCUGGCAUGGACGCUAUCUACUUUAUCCAACCUUCCAAAGAAAACAUUGUUAUGUUUCUAUCUGACAUGUCUGGGAGGGAACCCUUGUACAGAAAGGCAUAUAUUUUUUUCAGUUCAACUAUCCCCAAAGAACUGGUGAAUCACAUCAAAAGUGAUACAAGCGUCUUACCACGCAUUGGUGCAUUAAGAGAGAUGAACAUGGAAUACUUCCCCAUGGACAAUCAGGGAUUUCUAACUGAUCACGAGGAAGCAUUGCAAACGCUCUAUGCUGAAGAUGCUGAGAACUCUCGCCAUUUUAAUAUUUGUUUGAAUAUGAUGGCUACUAGAAUCUCUACCGUGUUUGCUUCACUCAAGGAAUUUCCCUUUGUUCGGUAUCGAGCUGCAAAGUCCACGGCCCCACGUGACUUGGUUCCUUCAAAGCUUGCUGCUGCUAUUUGGGACUGUAUCUCUAAAUAUAAAGCCAUUCCCAACUUCCCCCAGACGGAAACAUGUGAGCUGCUCAUUUUGGAUAGAUCAGUGGAUCAGAUUGCUCCUAUCAUACAUGAAUGGACCUAUGAUGCUAUGUGCCAUGAUUUGCUUGAUAUGGAGGGGAAUAAACAUGUUAUUGAGGUUCCCAGCAAAACUGGUGGGCCUCCGGAGAAAAAGGAGAUAGUGCUUGAAGAUCAUGAUCCAGUGUGGCUUGAGCUUCGACACACACAUAUAGCAGAUGCGAGCGAGCGUUUGCAUGAGAAAAUGACCAACUUUGCCUCAAAGAACAAAGCCGCACAAAUGAGAUCAAAAGAGGGUAGCGAGUUGUCUACGCGUGAUCUGCAGAAAAUAGUACAGGCUUUGCCACAAUACGGAGAGCAAGUUGACAAACUAUCCACUCACGUAGAGAUAGCUGGAAAAAUUAACAGAAUAAUCAGAGACAUGGGACUUAGGGAUCUAGGGCAGCUGGAACAAGAUCUUGUUUUCGGAGACGCAGCUGCCAAGGACGUUAUCAAUUUCCUCAGGACAAAUCAGGACACAAACCCGGAGAACAAGUUACGACUAUUGAUGAUUUAUGCAACGGUGUACCCGGAGAAGUUCGAAGGUGACAAGGGCGUGAAGCUAAUGCAGCUUGCUAAGUUAUCACCCGUGGAUAUGAAAGUUAUAAGCAACAUGCAAUUGAUAGCUGGAUCUCCAGAAAACAAGGCUAAGUCUGGUAGUUUCUCCCUCAAAUUUGACACCGGAAAGACAAAACAAGCAAACAGGAAAGAUAGGUCUGGUGAAGAAGAAACGUGGCAACUGUUCCGGUUUUAUCCCAUGCUCGAGGAGCUACUUGAGAAACUUGUGAAAGGAGAUCUGUCCAAAAGCGACUAUUUAUGCAUGAACCAAUCGAGUCAUAAGGAGGAGGAGAGUGAAACCCGAACAGGAUCAGUUAGGAAGAGCGCUGCAGCUCCUACAGCGGUUCCAGAGCGUAAAGCCACCCCUCAUUCUAUGAGAUCAAGACGGACUGCAACUUGGGCACGUCCUCAUGCUUCUGACGAUGGAUAUUCCAGUGACUCAGUGCUGAAAAGUGCUUCACUGGACUUGAAGAGGCUGGGGCAACGCAUCUUUGUGUUCAUUAUUGGUGGGGCAACUCGAUCCGAGCUCCGAGUUUGCCACAAGUUGACAAGCAGUUUGAGGAGAGAAGUGGUACUAGGCUCCACUAGUUUCGACGAUCCCCCACAAUACAUCACGAAGCUGAAACUACUGUCGGAGAAAGACAUAGCAGGGGCUCCUGCUCAGCCCUUCAAACCACAAUACUGGUGAACUUGACGCAGCAGCUCAAGUCUUGAAACCUUUUAGGACAAAUUCCACUUGUUAUUUUGUUCUUGUUUCUCCAACUCUUUACCUUUUGCUUCUUUUCCUUAUUUUUAUUUUUCCUUUUCAUUUGAUGGACGUUAUUCUACAUGUCACAAUUAACUCUAUAUAAUAAGGGCAACCCCAACGGGGAUAUGAGCACAGCA